GCCAGCAGCAUCAUCAUCCCUUGCCCUGCCGUCACCCGAUCACGCACACUCCCGCGCCACCUCUCUCUCGCUCUCUCUCCCUCUCUCUGCUGGCCCUGGCCUAGUCACAAGCUGGAGCUUCACCGCGUGAAACACACACACCCACAUCCACUUGCUUGCUUGCACACAGCAACAGUAGGAUGAUGUGUUAGAAAGGGACAAGGCAAGAGGGCUGUGCACGCACACUGAGAAGGAGAGCGAGAGAGAGAGAGAGAGAGAGAGAGAGAGAGACAGAUUGGAGUUGCUGUGCUACUUUGUAAGUUUUUUGUUUUGUUUUUUUUUUUUUUUUUUUUUUUUUUCUCUCUCUCUCUCAGUUUCAGCACGGCUAAGCACGCAGGCACUGUGGGAGGACCCCACUCUCCUAUGAAUUUCAUUGGUACCGCUCGUACCAGAGUAGCGGCAGUGUUGGUGUAGUGGGUCUGGUCGUUCGGUUGCAGCGGCAUUAGUCUCGAUUAUUGCGUGUGCGCGUGGAUGUAGAGUUGGGAGAUAGGAUCGGGUUUUGUGAGAUCGGGGGAGAGGUGGGUGAUACUGGUGGGGAGUGGAGGUGGCGAUCAAAUCGUGGGCUGUGUGGGUGUGUCACGGGCGGGAGCGGGAACCACUUCUUCGAUGUUCGCGUGUCGUAGGGCAUCGGUGAUUUGAGUUUGGUCGUGGGGAGGGAGCGAAUGAGGAAGAGGCGGAGGGCAGCUGGAUCUGGCCAUGGUUUUUGGGAAUUAUAGUAGGAGCCGAGGAUUGCUCUGACUGAAAUAGCUGCGACGGCACAGCAAUUGCCGGUGAGGUGGAGGGCGAGGUCGAAGUAGGCGUGGAGGAGGAGGAGGAGGAGGAGCACACUUGAGGUGCGGGUGCAGGAGAGGCAUGUGAGGAGGAGGCGGGCCACAGUCUCUGGGGCAAGUGGCGUAGGCAUCCAGAUGCGGCAGGCGCCCACGCGGGUGACAGAGUAGGGCCAGGGCCGUGCGGUAGCGAGACGCUGUGAUUAGUCUUCGAGACAUAGGACGUGUAUAGAGAUGGGCUGUUUUCCAUGCUUGGAUUCUAAACCAAAGGAGGGGAAGUCGCUGAAAAAGGAAGACAACAACAGCAGCCGUAAUGGGCAAUCGCCUGCUGAUAACCCCGUCGCGCAAAUCCCCAAGCUUUCCUCCGGUAAUUCGAAGAGGGGCGUCACGAAGGAGUCAGUAGACAAGAAGGAGCCGGUGCGCGAGGGGAACACACACAUCAACGCGCAGACUUUCACGUUUCGGGAGCUAGUUGCGGCAACGAAGAAUUUCAGAGCAGAUUGUCUGCUGGGCGAGGGGGGCUUCGGUCGCGUGUACAAGGGACGGCUGGAGAGUACGGGGCAGGUGGUGGCCGUAAAGCAGCUGGAUCGGAGCGGGCUGCAAGGAAACCGAGAGUUUCUGGUAGAAGUGUUGAUGCUGAGUCUAUUGCAUCAUACGAAUCUUGUAAAUCUGAUUGGUUACUGCGCCGAGGGCGAUCAGCGGCUGCUGGUGUACGAGUUCAUGCCGUUGGGGUGCUUGGAAGACCAUCUGCAUGAUCUGCCUCAGGACAAGGAAUGUCUGGACUGGAAUACUCGGAUGAAGAUCGCGGCUGGAGCAGCUCGGGGUCUGGAAUACCUACACGACAAGGCCCAACCAUCUGUAAUUUAUCGGGACUUUAAGAGUUCGAACAUAUUGCUGGACGAGAAGUUCCACCCGAAGCUGUCGGACUUCGGGCUGGCGAAGCUAGGUCCUGUGGGGGACAAGACGCAUGUGUCGACACGGGUGAUGGGAACCUACGGGUAUUGCGCUCCGGAGUACGCGAUGACGGGGCAGCUGACGUUGAAGUCGGACGUGUACAGUUUUGGCGUGGUGCUGCUGGAGCUGAUCACGGGGCGGAAAGCGAUUGACAAUGCCCGGGCGGUCGGGGAGCAAAACCUGGUGGCAUGGGCCCGGCCUUUGUUCAAGGACAGGAGGAAGUUUCCCUUUAUGGCGGAUCCAUUGUUGCAGGGGCGAUAUCCAAUGCGAGGGUUAUACCAAGCCUUGGCGGUGGCUGCAAUGUGCUUGCAAGAGCAAGCGGCAACGCGGCCUUUGAUAGGGGAUGUAGUGACGGCAUUGAGCUAUUUAGCUUCGCAAACUUACGAUCCGGGGGUUCAACCACAAGGAUCGUCACGGUUUGCACCAGCAACACCAUCCGGAGAGAAGCGGGAGAAGGAGAAGAAAGUCCCACUGGGUCCAAAUGGAGCUGAGGAGCGGAUGGUGAAGGAGCAGAAGGUGGGUAAGGUAGCAAUGCAGUCACCAGACUUGCGGGUGAAGAGGGGAGGGGCUCGAGCUCGGGUGGCAAACGGGGUGUUGGAGGAAUCACAAGGGUCAGAAUUAGGGAAGAUGCGAGAAUCAGAGGAGUCCGUGAGGCGCGAGGAGGGAGGGCGAGACAGUCCUAGAGCUGUGAGGAGGACAGGAACAGCAAGAGAUGGGGUGAAGCCACAUAUUCCUACGCGUGAACGUGAACGGGCAGUGGCAGAAGCUCGGGUCUGGGGGGAGAACUGGCGAGAGAAGCAAAGAGGACCAACAACUUAAACAGCGAGCGAGCGAGAGCGAGAGAGACAGAGAUCGGUAGGUAUAAGCAGGUGUUAGGAUUGGAGGCCACUGGUGGGGGGUAGAUGUGAGACAAUACUGGUAUUUAAAUUGGAUUAUCAAGUGUGUCACUGUUUGUAUGUAAAUUUGGUCCUUCUUCGGGAGGAAUUGGCAUGGUUGA